UUUUUGCUUUACAGCUCACAGAGAUCCUUUGAAAUGUAAAAAUUUGACUUUGAGUUUGCCACCAUGCGAUAAAAGGUUAAAAACAACGCCUCUCAAUGAAAGUAAAUUGAUUUGCCAGAUUAGCUAAUUAGCUAACUUACACUACAAGUUAUAGGAAAAUACUAAAGUGUGGUUCAAAAACCCCGAAUUUCCUCAGUAUUCUGCAUUGUUCCCCGCGUCGAACUCGCGUCAAGAUGGGCUUCAUAUUGUCUAAAUCCAUGGAUGCUAACUUUCACAAGCAACAAGAGUUCAUGCUACACAACUCUAGGUUGCAGUUAGAGCGUCAGAUCAUGAUGCAGAACCAGAUGAGAGAGAGGCAGAUGGCCAUGCAGAUCGCCUGGUCCAGGGAGUUUCUCAAAUACUUUGGCUCCUUCUUCGCACUGGCCUCAGUGGGACUCACAGCAGGUGCAUUAAAAAGAAGGAACCCAGCCCUGUUAGCUCCCAUCAUCCCUCUGGGCUUCAUAUAUACCUACCAGAUGGACAGCGCCUAUGGGACCCUGCUGUACCGCAUGAGAGGGGAAGCUGAGAGCAUUAUGGAAUCUGAGCGGGACCGCCUAGAUUUACCUCAAGGUCUCCCCACCUUUGAGAGCAUCGAGAAAGCCCGCCGUGCUAAAACCGGCCUCAUGUCCAUCCUGGAGAAGUGAUGCAACCGCAGCAACGCGAACAGAAAUCGUCCAGCCGUGAGAACAGCCUUCUGAUACCACCUCCAUUUUUAUCAACGUUUGUGGACUUUGUGGAUCUGGAAUGAACCAGUAAAAGUUUAGAUCAGAAUAAGAAUUACUUUGUGUUAAUAUUGUGGGAACUAUUCUGUUUUAUCCUUUUCCAAAUACGAUUGCGUUCAAAUCUUUGUUAUAUCAUAUUUAUAAUAAUGAGACUGUUAAUAAUAAACCCUCUGCUGCACUGAAAAA